GACUCUGGCCCUUCAGUGCAGGGGCGCAGGGAGAGGAGCUGCGCGUCUGGAAAGGUAGAGGCUAGUUCCUUGGUUUUGCAGCGUCCUACAGUCCUCGCCGUCCCCGCGAAUGCACAGCGUCAUGGCCCAGCAGCCCCCUGACGUUGAAGAGGAUGAAUGUCUUCCUGAAUACCGCCACCUCUUCUGCCCUGACCUUCUCCAGGACAAAGUGGCCUUUAUCACAGGUGGUGGCUCUGGGAUUGGCUUCCGGAUUGCUGAGAUUUUCAUGAGGCAUGGCUGCCACAUUGUCAUCGCCAGCAGGAGCCUGCCAAGAGUGUCCUUGGCUGCUGAAAAGUUGGUUGCUGCUACCGGAAAGCAGUGCCUCCCUCUGAGUAUGGAUGUGCGAGUUCCUGCAGCUGUCAUGGCUGCUGUGGACCAGGCAUUGAAGGAAUUUGGCAAAAUUGACAUCCUCAUUAACUGUGCGGCUGGAAACUUCCUAUGCCCUGCCAGUGUUUUGUCCUUCAAUGCCUUCAAGACUGUGGUUGACAUUGAUACCAUUGGAACCUUCAAUGUGUCUCGUGUAGUCUAUGAGAAGUUCUUCCGGGAUCAUGGAGGGGUGAUUGUGAACAUUACUGCCACCCUCAGUUUCAGGGGGCAGGUCAUGCAGGUGCAUGCAGGCGCUGCCAAGGCAGCUGUGGAUGCUAUGACACGACACUUGGCUGUGGAGUGGGGUCCCCAGAAUAUCCGUGUCAACAGUCUGGCUCCUGGCCCUAUCAGUGGAACUGAGGGGUUCCGGCGGUUGGGAGGUCCCCAGGCCAGUUGGAGGAUGAAGACUCCUUUGAGCCCAGGGCAGAGACUAGGAAACAAAACAGAGAUUGCUCACAGCGUGCUGUACUUGGCCAGCCCUCUGGCUUCCUACGUCUCAGGGAUCCUGUUGGUAGUUGAUGGCGGGAACUGGAUGACACUUCCAAAUGACAUCAAGAAACUGAUGGAUUUUGAAUCCUCCUCUGCUAAGCUCUAGGGUUUCAUGUACCCCAGGCUAUCCUCAAAACACACCAUAUAUCUGAGGAUGAUCUUGAACUUCUGAUUCUUCUGUGUCUACUUCUCAAGAACGCUGAGAUUAUAGGAGAGAAUACACCAUGCCCAGUUUAUGCAGUGCUGAAUAUCAUACCCAGGGCUUCAUGCAUGUUGGGCCAACACUCUAUCAACUGAACUAUAUCCCUAGCCUGAGGAUACAACUUUUGACAUACAAACAAAAAAAUUGUAUAAAAAACAGUUAUAGCCAGGAAGCAGUGUUCAUGGGAAAUGCCUUGCACCCCACAGUGGUCCAUAAUCAAGCCGAGAAUCCUGUAUCUGAUUUUGGAAAUCCUAGUCAUUUAGCUCUUCCUCUGGGGACCAAGCUAUUUCCAUGUUCUGCCUCCCACAGCCCCCAUCCCAGGUGGGAGCAACCAGGUCAUGAACCUACACCCAAUACGGCCCAUGGGAGGUAUCUGAAUAGUUGUUAGAUUUUAUCAGAAAAUGCAUACUCUUUUAAAAAGUUAAUCUUUUUGCUAUAAAUAUCCAUGAAUUUGAAUUUGUAAAAGUUUUUAGAAAGUAAAUAAUUAAAAAGAUUCAGUGUG